GGUGUCUCGUCUCGACUCCUCAGGCAGCUACCGCAAAGGCGGAAAAGCCACGGCUUUAAAGACGACGCACAUCCAACCAUGCCCUUUCCGCAUCACCUACAACUACUCGAACUUCUUGGGCCAUUGCUAUAUGACGUAUCUUUCUACUUACACUUCCUGGCCUACAAGUAGCUAGAGACCUUGCUAUAUGCCCCACUGCCUUGCAUACCAUUAUUAUUCCCUAUUCCAACCCCGCGUCCAAUCAUUGGCGCGUCAAUCAAGACCCUCCAGUCUCUGUAUAGAUUCGACCCUGAACUACUUACUGUAUUGCCAUUGAUUCUCUACUUCGCUGGACAAAGCAUCCACCAACAGCAUGCCCUAUCUCUCAGGUUUCAACUCAGAGAUCUCCACGAGCAAUGCUUUCGAGAAACUCGUCCGGGAUCUUAGUGCCGCUCUAGGCCCAAGCUCCGGACUAGAUUCCAACGACGUCAAUCCGGUAGACAUCCAGCUCCUAAUGGAGCGUUACAAGUCCAAAUCCGAAGAGUGGCUUCCGUUCGCCUUGGGAGAUCCCAGCAAGAACUACACGCGGAAUCUCAUCGACGAGGGGAACGGUAAAAGUAACCUGCUAAUCCUAGUCUGGAGUCCCGGUAAAGGGAGCGCCAUCCAUGACCACGCCGGUGCGCAUUGUGUCAUGAAGGUUCUUCAAGGCUCUCUCCAAGAGACAUUGUAUGCCUGGCCGGACAGAAACAAGCUUCAACAGGGUCAAAGGUCCCCUCCCAAGGUCACCAAGGAGACCACUUACGGUGAGAACCAGGUUACCUAUAUGUCUGAUAAGCUCGGCCUGCACAAAAUCUCCAACCCCGAUCCUAACAACUUCGCCAUUUCCCUCCACCUAUACACCCCACCCAACGCAUCAACCAACGGCUUCUCCAUCUUCAACGAAUCAACGGGCAAAGCGAGCCACAUCAAGCAAAGCAAUUUCUACUCCGUCCGCGGAGAGCGUCAGCCCGCCAUUCAACAUGCUCGAACGGGUGAAUCUCCAGCAUGAUUGAUUACAGCCCUUUUCUAGGGGCAUUUCUCCCCUCGGCCGAUACGAUAAUGAUUCAUUCUUACUCUGAGUCUGCUUCGCUUAGCGUUUGCUUUUUUUUAUUCGUAUAUUUCUUUCGGGUUUGAUGCAUUGUUAUGUCUUGGUAUGUAUGAUAGGUUAGCAUUGUAUAGAAUGAAUGGGGUGGGUUUGGUUGGUGACAAGACGUCGCUUGAUAACAAUUGUCAUUAUUAUUACAGUUUAUCAACGAUAGAGAUCAUUAUCAUCCAGACACGGUAUAUGAUGUCAUUUAG